AUGGAAUCCAUCGGCGACGCUCUUCAAAAAGCAAACCUUUCGCAAUACAUCACACCAUUGCUGGACAUAGGCGCCGAUGACUCUGAGCAACUGGCGUCCCUCCCAGAGCCGGACUUCCAGAGUCUCCUCGAGAUGACCGGCAUGUCCAAGAAGCCAUUCCACGUCCUCCGGUUCAAGAAGGCCAUCAACCGGUUGGGUCCAUCGGUGGGCGGAGGAGGGCCCAGUGGUCUAAUGGGCAGUGAGGCGGUGGGUGAUAGCUCGACCCACACUGUUACUGUUUAUGCAACACAGAUAGACGAACCUGGAUCUAUUGCUGGGUCUUUGCAAAGACCAUCUCCUGUAGUACCUCAACCAAUGCAAUUGCAAAGCAGUGGUGCCAGUCAGCACCUAUCAUCAUACUCACUAACUCAAAACAGCAAUAGUUUAUUUGAAUUAAUGGCUACUAGAUCAGGAGUUCCUAAUUCUUCAAGACUUUCUUUGAUAAGCAGGGACCAGUUGCAGGCCCUAGUGGACGAUACUGUACCUGUGCAGCAAGAACUGGGACCAAGCCCUAUCUCACCCAUGAUAUGGGACAAAGGAAGGCUGGAGAUAUUCCGAAAAGCAUCCAUUAUUUUCAGUAGCAGCAUUUCUCCUCUGACUGAUCAGGAGCAGUUACUGAAUGAGGCAGCGCUGCAGCUGUGCCUGUGGGAUCCCACGCUACUAGUAAGACAAAAGGAUCUGAUUCAAUUGGCAAAGAAACUCGUCAAACAAUAUCCUUCGAUUGUACUUGAAACUGGGCACCCCAUUUAUUCUGCCAUAGAACCCAAGACUGACCUCUCUUGGUCUCUCUUCCCUACCUCAUCCAUUCGUCUACCUCUUUCAGUCAAUAGAGGCCCGGAUGGUAAGUUUAGAAAUUGCUUUGAGGAGAAUUAUGAACGUCGUGAGCUCCAAAUCCAACAAGUGGAGCUCCUCAUAGGAGAGAAUGCCUCCAAAGAGAAGAUGAAGCAAGCAUUGCUGCUGCAGGCUAAAGAAAAGAUGGACUACUCCCUUGCUCUUAAGAUACAAGAGGAGCUCUCAGUCCUUGGUAAGACACAGAGAGAAUACAAGACAGAGUUGUCCCGAUUAAGAAGGGUACAACGUCGCUCAGUUAGACAUCAAGAAAUGAAGAAAGCCAAGAAAAGUAACACGUUUGAAGAAAGCCCAAACUCUGACUUUCAGCCAAGUGCAUGUGGCACACCGGUGGCUAUGACAACUGAAACUCCAGAGACCUUUAAUCUGUCAUCUCAGCAAUCAAACAGCAUACCGGUUACCAUGAAAACUGAUGAGGGAGUAAGGUUGGCACCAGGGGAUGGAGAGGGAAUACCCUUACAAUUACACACUUACAUACACGAGUCAGUUCCUGGCACUUCAUCAAUGCAUUCAUACUCCACUGGUUCAAACCCAGUACUAUCAGUUUCAUCAUCAAAAAGUUCUCAUAACAGCACAUAA